CCAAAUCAUAUCAACUGGCUGCGGCUAGCUUCCACCGCGCCGCGGCCUCUCGCGGCGGCACACAUCGUUCUGCAACUGGAACUGGUAAACGACGCGGCUCUGACUGGACCAUCGGCCGGUGUUUCCCACAUGUACUGAGCAGGGGCCCUUGAAGUAGGGUUUAUUUUAAAUGGCUUUUCUACAAAUUCUAGGUACCUUGUUGAUUUCGGUGGUACUGUUUCUUCUGACAGCUUUUGGUAGUCUGUUUCUUACAUACACGCUGUACCUGCACUACGUGCACGUCAAACACAGCCACAUUCCGGGCCCGAAGCGGACAAGUUUUUAUUGGGGAAACUUGGCAGAAUUGUCCGUAGCCAUUAAAAGGAACCAGUUGAUUGACGACCUUCUGUUUGAGUGGUCCAAGCAGUAUGGCCGAGUUUUUGUGUUCUACAUCACGCACAAAGUCUUUGUUCAAGUGAACAUUCCAGAAGCCAUCAAGGAUAUUUUACUUGUGGAUAAUUUCCCGAAGCCACGAAGAGGCUACAGGUUUUUGGAACAACUGUUUGGGCAACCGUUUAUGGGUAAAAGCCUUGUGACAGAAACUGACCAUGAAACCUGGAAACCCAUGAGUGCCAUGUUUAGUCCGACUUUCCAUCGCAACUUCUUGAAGACAUGCAUUGUUCAGUUCAAUACCAGCUGUGACCUGCUCCUGGAGAGCCUCUCCAAGAAGGCCGACGGGAAGACGGAGGUCAACAUGCUGGAGAUGUUCAACAGGGUGUCCCUGGAUUGUAUCAGCAAGGUUGCGUUUGGUCUUCAUUUAAAUAUGUUUGAAGAAGAAAAGCCCCAGCUACUGGAAGACAUCAGAUGUGCGGCAGAGUCUGCGUUGAUAUCCUUCCUCAACCCGCUGCUCUGGUGCAGCCCAUUCAGGUCUGCCUCGGAUUUUCGUAAGAAGGCGAGGCAAGCCGGCAAGCACUUGCGGGAGGUAGCACGGGAGUGCAUCAUGGGCUCCUUGGAAGACCUGCGAUCCGGCAAGACCCUGGACAACAACAUACUGAGCCACAUACUACAGACAUCGGCGCCAGGCAACGGCGGCAGCGCCACGGAGGCUGACCUGGAAAAGAUGGUGGACCACUUUGUCACGUUUAUAGCGGCAGGCCAAGAAACCACUGCAUGCCUCAUGGCUUCUGCUUUGCUGGAGCUAGGACGACAUCCGGAAGUAACGUACAAAAUGAAGAUAGAAGCAGAUGCGGUAAUUGGCGAUAGCGGGUAUGUUGCCUUUGAAGACCUGUCCAAUUUGAAAUACACAACUGCGGUUUUGAAGGAAACUUUGCGGGUCCAUCCUCCCGUGUCCAGCUUCCCACGACAGCUCACAAAAGAUGUCAUCUGGGAUGGUAUCAAAGUCCCUGCCAGUACAAAUGUUGGUGUGAAUAUAAUGAACUUGGCAAGGCUUGAGGAACACUUUGAAAACCCCAAGGAAUUCAUACCGAGCCGAUUUCUGACCAACGAAAGCUAUAAGUAUGUUCACAUUCCCUUUUCUCUGGGUCCAAGAAAGUGCAUCGGGCAGCAGUUUGCAAUGAUUGAGGCCCGUGUCAUCAUGGCCAAGCUGAUGAAGUACUUCCACUUUGACCUUGUACCUGGUCAGUCUUUCCACUAUGUGAAGAUGGUGACCUGUAAGCCCAAGGAUGGCUGCCUUAUGUACAUCAGACCGGUCACUGGUGUCAACCCUGUGUCUACGGCAUCCUAGACCACAUCAGACUGUCUGUAUAAACUUCACCCCAGUGAGUUUAUUUCAUUUUCAUAACCAUUUGUUUCUUCGUGUUUCUUGACGCGGCUCCGGAUCACAUUCAGUGGUCCCAACUCUUAUUCACUAAGUCCAUUAGGUGGGUUCAGAUCAGUGAACCAACGAGGGAUUACUGAUCAAGAUCCUGAUCCCUGUGAAAGAAACAAGCCCAAAACAGCUGUAGAUAAGACAGAAACUUUGGUAGUUGUUGAACCAUGACCAGGUCCUGGAUUAUCCAUUACAUGCGGUAGUCACUGUGCAGAGGGCCUACAAAGAACUCUAGGACCUAGAAAAAUGUUACAGUCCGCUGUAUACAUCCUCUGGAACAUUUUCAAAGGAAAUCAUUGCCUGUUUCAAGUCCCCCAUAAAGUGGUGUAAACCAUAUGCACAUCCACACCAUUCAGUUUUUAUUUUACAAAACAAAUUUUGUAUCGAAGUUGAACUGAUCAAAAUCUGCUUAUUGCAGUCACUGAUUCACAAGCUGAAACCGACCAUGCUGUCUGUGUUUACUUGUGAUAAAGUUUGUCUUUUUGAAGCAUACAGUUCCAUCUGUGCUUACCAGCACCAUGAAUUGGUGAGGGUGCCCAGGGCAGGAGUAGGGCCUACUGAAGACUUGUAGCUAGAGCCUACCGAGCGCUGAAACCAGCCCUGACAUGACUCAGUAUUGUAUUAAUUAUGUUUAAACUUGUCCUCAGGGAGUUUAUUCAUACAUGUAUGUACUUGUGGUUUAGUAUAACUAUCAUUGCUUUGUACUGACUCAGUGGCAAAGCACUGUACUAUGCUUUUAUUUUUAAACACAAUGGUGCCCAUAUUCACGGAUAUGCACUGGACUGCAACCUUGCCAUGACUAGAAUGGAAUAUUCAUUCGUCUUUAGAUUCCAACGUUUCAUGAUGUUUGAAAUUGGUACAAGUAUUUGGUGUUAUGCACAGCACAGACAGCUACUUUUGCAAUGGAAUUUCCAUAGUGGGUUUAUGUGCAUAAACCACAAGAUAUACUUUGUGUGUUAGUAGGCUGUCAUAGAUUGGAUUUGAAAAGGCACAUAAGUGACAAAUUACACUUGAGACUGUACUCUUCUGACAAAACUGUUGAUGCUGCUUUGGUAGGGCAUCUGGAAAUAUGAUAUUCCCACUCUAUUGUCAUAUGGUGCUUUUUCAAAAUCUAACAGCCAUUUAAAGAAAUACAUGUGGCUGAGGGAUACAAGUCUCUAUUUUACACAAGUGUCCAAACAAGUAAACUGGAAACAGUGUUUUGUUUCUAUAAUAGUGUGUUUGAAUUCAGUUUUAGACUUGAGCAAAACAAAAUGGAAAAUAGAACCAAGUUCUAUAUAAAACCAGCUUCACUUUGCAUCUACCAGAGUUUCUGGUGUUGUAAAAAUACAAAGAUUUUUUCAACAGUAUUCUUCAAACAUUUGAUAUAUUUUAAAGUAAUACAAAGCUCUUGAGAAAUUAAUUAGAAUUCCAUUGAAUUAGCCUUGAGAUGUCAAAUAAAAUACCUGUAUGUUUUAUAUUUUUUCAAAAUUGUCUUGUACGUAAAUAAGAAAUUCUAAAUUUAUAUAGUAAGUGUAAUUAAUUUGAUUAAGAAAUAAUCACAAAAUAUCAUAUACCAUAUUUUGAAAUGCUAUUAUAAUAAGCAGUUUGGCAAAAAAGGCAAAUUUUCAAAGCUUAUUUCAGCAGUCCAUUGAUAUAGUAAAGUGUAGGAUUCAAAAGGUAGUAAUGGCAUCAAGUAUGGUUUUGAAUGUGAAUAAUAGAAUAACAGUAAAAUGUUUGAUCAA